AUGAACCAUGGAGCCCGGCGCGCCCUGACGCAAUUGAUCAGGAACCAUCCCAACCGGUCACUCGUCCUAAAAUCAUCACAGCGAUGGUCCUCAACCUAUGAAACCCGACAAUGGUCCACGCCACUGGCGCGCACACUUGCAGAUGCCAUUAAAGUAACAGGACCCAUCCCCAUCGCGGCAUUCAUGCGCCAGGUCCUCACCUCCCCAGAAGGCGGCUACUACACGACCAGACCCGCAGGCGACGGAGAGGUUUUCGGCAAGAAAGGCGACUUUGUCACUUCGCCGGAGAUCUCGCAGGUAUUUGGUGAAUUAGUCGGAAUAUGGACAAUUGCGGAAUGGAUGGCGCAGGGACGCAAAAGUAGCGGGGUGCAGUUGAUGGAGGUUGGUCCCGGUAAGGGAACGUUGAUGGAUGACAUGUUACGUACAUUCAGGAACUUCAAAAGCUUCACCUCCAGCAUUGAAGCCAUCUACCUAGUCGAAGCGAGUCCCACUCUAAGGGAAGUCCAAAAGCAACGUCUCUGCGGCGACGCCACGAUGGAGGAAACAGAAAUCGGCCACAAAAGCACCUGCAAAUACUUCAACGUCCCCGUAAUCUGGGUCGAGGACAUCCGACUUCUUCCACACGAAGAAGACAAAACCCCCUUCAUAAUCGCCCACGAAUUCUUCGACGCCCUCCCCAUCCACGCCUUCGAAUCCAUCCCGCCCUCCCCCGAAAACCAGCCCCCGCAGGACACAAUGAUGACGCCCACAGGCCCAACAAAACUCCACAAGCCCCUCAAACCCGCCAACACGCCUCAAUGGCGCGAACUCAUGGUGACGCUGAACCCGAAAGCCAUCGACGAGAACCUCCCCGACGAGCCCGAAUUCAAACUCACCCUCGCCAAAGCCUCAACCCCAUCCUCGCUCGUCAUCCCCGAGAUCUCCCCGCGCUACCGCGCCCUCAAGUCCCAAGCAGGCUCGACCAUCGAAAUCAGCCCGGAAAGCCGCAUCUACGCAUCCGACCAAGCGCAUCCCCUCCGGCGCGGCCCUGAUCAUGGACUACGGCACCAUGAAUACCAUCCUGUGAACUCGCUGCGGGGCAUCCAGCAUCACCGCAAGGUUCCGCCGCUGUCGGCGCCAGGGCAGGUGGAUGUGAGUGCUGAUGUGGACUUCACGGCGUUGGCGGAGGCGGCGAUUGAAGGGAGCGAGGGGGUGGAGGUUCAUGGACCUGUUGAGCAGGGGGAUUUCCUGCAGACGAUGGGCAUUGCCGAGCGCAUGCAGCAGCUGCUCAAGCAUGAGAAGGACGAGGAGAGGAGAAAAACAUUAGAAACUGGGUGGCAGCGCUUGGUAGAGAAGGGAGGUGGUGGCAUGGGCAAGAUCUAUAAAUUCAUGGCCAUUGUACCGGAGAAUGAAGCAAGAGGAGGCCGGUUGGGUUUGGGGGUGGGAUUGAGCUUUAGAAUAGUAUUUCGGGGAGCUUGGACGGCGAUGGAGAUUGUACUAUAG